GGUAGUUGUUUACCUCCCAAAGUAUACCAUAUUUUGCAUUAUUUGCAAAAAUGGACGAGUUUAAGGUGCCCGCUCCGUUGCCGAAAUACAAACCCACUGUGGUAGAGAAUCCACUAUGGCUGCAGAUCGAAACCACCGAGGAGCCGGCCAAUUCAAGAAAUAUAAUACCAGCAAUUUGUCCCUACAAGGUGCCCCGAUGGUCUGCACCUCCACCGGCCGACCAAACUUACAAAUUUGAGGUGCUCAAGUCGGGCCAGAUCAUUGACGAGGUGAGGCAGUUGCAGCAACAGGCUAUUUGGACAUUUGGGCGGCUGCCCGAGAAUGAUGUGUCCGCCGCGCAUCCCACAAUUUCACGCUUCCACGCCGUGCUACAGUACAAACCGAAGCCUUCCCACGACCACCACUACGAGGACGAGGAGCAUCAUUCCGAAAAGCCAGCGAAGAACGACAGGCCCGAGGGUUGGUACAUCUAUGACCUCGACAGCACCCAUGGCACAUACCUCAACAAACAGCGCGUGCCGUCCAAGGUAUACAUACGUAUGCGUGUGGGACACAUGCUCAAACUGGGCGGCAGCUCGCGUAUCUACAUACUGCAAGGACCCAAUGCGGAUGCGGAGCCAGAGUCGGAAUUGUCGAUUAGCGAGCUGCGAGAAAAGCGUGAACGGGAGGUGGCUGCCGCUGCGGCCGAGAAACAGCGCAAAAUUGUGGAGGAGCAGGAGCGCGAACGGAACGACGGCGUCAGCUGGGGAAUGGGAGAGGAUGCCGACGAGGAAACCGAUCUCACACAUAACCCAUUUGCCAGCUUCAACAACGAUGACCUCUUCUUCGACGAUCCCAAGAAGACACUGCGAGGAUUCUUUGAGCGCGAGGGUCUAAAUCUGGAGUACAAGUGCGACGAGUUAUCGCAGGGAUCGUUUGUCUGUCGAGUGGAGCUGCCCCUGGACGAUUUCAAUGGCAGGCCGAUUAUGAUAGAAGUCAACCACAAAGGACGCAAGAAGGAUUGCGUGGUGCAGUGCGCCCUGGAGGCAUGUCGCACUCUGGACAAACAUGGCGUGCUGCGACAGGCCAACCAAGAGGCACAAAAGCGCAAGAUUUUGAAGGCCGGAGACUCUGAUGACGAGGAUGAGUUCUGGGAUCGCACUGGGGAUGUCGCCCGUAAGAAGCAGCGCAAGGCAACCGCAGGCUCCAAUGGCCCCCUCACAUAUGAAGAUUUGCUAAAACAGCAAACAGAUCUCCUGUCAGAGUUGGGCAAGGUGGAGUUCGAGAUCGCCACUUACCAGCUGAAGGAAAAACGAGCCAAGGAAGAGGCCACCAAGCAACUAAGUGCCAGCUACGAUCUAGACAAUUUUAUGAACAGUCUCAGCGUGGAUAUAUGGCAUGUGGACAAAACGGAGAUCAAAAAGCUUCGGCUGGAGCUGCAACGCAUCAAAGGGGAGCAACAGAAGGUGCAACGCCUCAUCCAAAUAGCAAAGCCAGCAUGCUUGCCCUACACUACAAGCAGUGCAACAGCCACCAUCACAUCGGCGUCACAGGAAGGCAACAACGGCGCUAAAAAGCAGCUGCCCAUGAUUGGCAAGCGGAAUCAGUUUAGCAAAUUCAAAGUGGUCACAGCUUUGCCCAGCUCACGGGCUACGGUGCAAUCGAAUGCAUUUGCCCCGGAUGAAGAGGAAAUCGAGGAGGAAGAGGUGAAGGGAAAGCAAGCUAAACUGGCGAAGGAAAUGGAAACUGUUGCAAAGCCAUCGACUUUACAAAAUGAGAAUCUACCGGAAAGCAAGCCAACCGCCGAAGCGGCAGUGGCAGCGCCACAAGCAGCGCCAAAGCCAACAACCUCUGAGGAGGCAGUCGUACAACAAGAAUACAACUUUUUGUCAACAUCAGUUCUAUCCGAAGUUGCCACUUUUCCUACGGAACUUUUCCUGGCUUUUCCACUGACAGAAGCGAUUGAUGACAUUAGUACUCUAACAGCCACUACUCAGGAGGAAAGUCCAGACGAUGCAGCGGCACAGAAGAAGCGACGCCAACGUGCACCGCGACAGCGCAACAACAAGCAGCGUCAGGACGUAGACAUGGACAUGAAUGAGCUGGUCGAGCAUGAGGAUACCGAAAAGUACGCCAAGUGGGUGCCACCGACCAAUCAAAGUGGCGACGGCAUCACACAUUUGAAUGAGAAAUUCGGCUACUAAAAAGUUUCAGUAGCGUCUAGAAUUAAGUACAUUGUCUAUGUAAGCAUUCUUUUAGAGUACUCGUAGGUAUUGUAAUGUUUAACAGCUUAUUGAUAUAAAUGUUGUGACCCUGUCUGGAAAUGCCAAUUGGCAACUAAACAGA